UCUGGUAUGGACAAAAACUGGAAGUGUGAAGCCUUGGAAGUUUGAAAUUUAAUUCCAUGCAGUACACUUGACUUGUGCACGUACAGUACAGUACAUGAACUUACAAGGUUGGUUGCAUUAAUUUAUCAUGUUGUAUUCAAUAAUAGUGGUGCAACACUCUUUAGGAACAACAGAAAGGUAAGCAGGUUAGGUAAGAAGGAAAAAAAAGAAAUUGGGUUUUGGAAGUGGUCCUUGACCGCAAACAAGGGUAUUACCCGGAUGAGCAACUUUGUAAAGGCUUCCAACCAAGCUUCAUAAAUUGCAUUCUUACGGUUUUGUGUUCCUGAAAAUCAGCGUGAACAGAGUCAAACAAAGACCCGCUGGGAAACUUUAAAAUGAGACCAAACCAAACGGGUUCUCAGUGGAAAUUAACUUUGAAAAUAAAAAAUGGAAUUGGGAAACGGGACUGAUGUUCGUUGAACUUGAGAAUCUACAGGUAUCCCACUUGUAGUGCAUGUUGGAUGCACAUGUGCAUGUACGGUACAUGUACUUAUGCUGUUUUGGUCUAAAAUAAGGAGUCAAAUGUAACAGUCAAGGUUGAGUCGGACCCUGACAUGAAGGAGAACAUCAACACCAUGCAGGUAGCAGAAGACAACCCCGGGAUGGAGGAAAAGGCUAACCAGAAUGGGGAGGAGCUGAAGGGGAUUAAAAGGGGUCUCCCAGACACCGACGAAGAGAUGAUGGAUGUCAGCACCUUACUGCAGAAGGGAAAAAGCAAGAGGAAGAAGUCGAAACGGGCUCGGGGGCCGCCCAUGCCUAAGAACGCCCUCAUGCAGCUGAACGAGAUCAAGCCAGGCCUGGUCUUCAAACUGGUCACGCAGGAGGGGCCAGUGCACGCCCCCAGCUUCACCGUGGAAGUGGAGGUCAAUGGACAGACAUACCAAGGCGUGGGCCGGUCCAAGAAGCUGGCCAAGAUGACCGCUGCAGAGGUGGUCCUUCAGUCCUUUGUGCAACACCGGAACCCAUCUGAGGUGCUGAGGGUGGUAGGUCAGCCAGUGUUCAAUUCCGAUUUCACCUCGGACAGCUUUGAGACCCCCAAAACAUUCAGCAUGUUCCAGAAUGAUAAGCCUAACACCCCACCCCCUGCCCCGCCCCCUGGGAUGGAAUAUCCACCGUCCCCCAAUGGGAGCCGGAUUUUGGCCCCUCCCUCUGGCCAGCUCCCUGCAGACACCACAAAGAAUCCCAUCAUGAUGCUGAAUGAACUCAAGCAGGGUGUAAAGUUUGAGAUGAUCUCUGAGUCGGGCCAAAGCCAUGCCAAGAACUUCAUCAUGGCCGUCUCUGUGGAUGGGCAGAAAUUCCAGGGCUCAGCACGCAGCAAGAAACUGGCAAAGGCUCGGGCAGCCCAGGCUGCCCUGGCAGCACUGUUCAACAUUGCGCCAGCCAUAGCACCUGGCCUGCAGCCCAUACCCAGCGAUGGCCUCCAGCUUCACGUCCCCCAGGUGCUGGCCGACCUAGUGCACUCGCUGGUGGAGGGUAAGUUUACGGACCUGACCAGUGGACAGUCCAGCCACAUGGCCCGGAGGAAAGUGGCAGCUGGUUUCGUCAUGACCAAGGGGGAAGGCAUUGAGGAUGCCCAGGUCAUAAGCAUCAGCUCAGGCACCAAGUGCAUCAAUGGCGAAUAUAUGUCAGAUCAGGGCCUGGCUGUCAAUGACUCCCACGCCGAGAUCGUCUCCCGUCGCUGCCUGCUGAGGUUCCUCUACUCCCAGCUGGAGCUCGUCAGCCAGAACGAGGGGGAGAAGUCCAUCUUUGUGCCCAGCUCCUCCGGUAGGGGCUACACACUCCAGGCCGGGAUCCAGUUCCACCUAUACAUCAGCACCUCACCCUGCGGAGAUGCUCGCAUCUUCUCACCCCAUGAGGCGACAGGGGAGGACAACCCUGCCACUGACAAGCACCCAAACCGCAAGGCUCGGGGGCAGCUACGCACCAAGAUUGAGUCAGGGGAGGGCACUAUUCCAGUCAGGUCUGGCCCGGUCAUCCAGACGUGGGACGGUGUGCUACAAGGAGAACGGCUCUUAACCAUGUCAUGUAGUGACAAGCUGGCUCGGUGGAAUGUUUUAGGCAUUCAAGGGUCACUACUCAGUCACUUUGUGGAGCCCAUCUACCUGAACAGUGUCAUCCUGGGCUCCCUUUAUCAUUCCGACCACCUGUCGCGGGCCCUCUACUCCCGUCUGGGCUGCCUGGAGGAGCUGCCGGCCACCUACCGCCUCAACCGACCGCUGCUGAGCGGCGUCAGCAACACGCAGAGCCGCAUGCCAGGCAAGGCCCCCAACUUCAGCGUCAACUGGGCCCUGGGCGACCCAGAGCUGGAGGUCAUCAACGCCACCACGGGCAAGCAGGAGGGCGGCCAGCCCUCUCGCCUCUGCAAGAGCGCCCUGUUUGCCAAGUUCAAGGAACUGCACGGGAAGCUUGCCGGUGGUGCAGUGACGCUGGCCUCCCUUCCCAAGACCUACGCUGAGGCCAAGACACAGGCAGUGGACUACAAUCGGGCCAAGGUGGUCAUGGUGAAGGCUUUUGAGAAGGCCGGGCUUGGCUCCUGGAUCAAGAAGCCCAUGGAACAAGACCUGUUUGAGUAAACCUCCCCUGGCCCCACCCUCGACAUCCUUCCUUCCCCCUACCCCUUAAGCUUGAAUUUCUGUAAAUUUCUGUAAGAUACCUUACUUCACUCUCUCUCUCUCUCAUUCCUGCAGUCAAUCUCGCAAGUGUGCUAAUCACACAACUUUACUUGCACUGAAAGCACGUGCCUUUCUAAAACAGGUUACUGCUUAACAAGCUAAAGAAGUCGCGGUUUAAAUUGCCUGCAACCGAUUGUCAGCUGAAAUUACCUGUUGUUGAGCUUCUGUGUUUGUUACAACCCAUGUUCUGCCCCUAAAAGUGGCUCAGAGAAAUGCUGUCUCUGAUGAGCAAAUUUAUUUCUUCAUUGCAAUACCCACUUUACUUUUAUAUAAAACAGCAUCAAAAUAAUUUCCAUGGUUCUUGAGUUCUGAAGUUUCAUGUACAUGUAUGUUUCAGUGUGGGUGGGCUGUUUUUCCCUUGCAUGUUCUGUGUUUACAGACACUGAUACAGGCUUCAUAUAUGCUGGUCCUUCACUGCUGAUGAUAUGGGAAACCCAUCAAAAAACCGUUUAUUAGCACCUGCGGUUAUCCGAGCCAACAAAGGGGUUAAUCAAAUCAGUUGGUACAUGUAGGGUCAGGUGUAAAAUUUCUCCUCCUAUAUUAUGACAUUUUGCCUGAAGUUAUCAGUUGCUUAAAGAGACCAUGGAAAGUACGCAACCCUAGUAAAACUGCUUGCUUGGCAUUUAAUCAUGGAGCAAACAACUCACAAAAUGACAAUUGACAUCUUGUUUUGUGUGGCGAGCUGAUGAAUCCAAAGAGAGGGGGGUGUUUCAUGUAUUUGAGGAUUAAACUACAUGUAUUUGUUUCUUCGGAUUCAAUCUGCACCGCUUAUGCCAUCCCACACUGCGACCAUAUUAAGGCAUGGGCUUGACUAUGGAGCUCCAUGGCUUGACUUGAUAGAAUGGGAAUCGAAUGUCAACGAAUUCCCCGUUGGAACAUUUGAUCAUUUGGCAAGAACGACAACUGGUCUCUCUUCAGCAUGGCCUGCACCAUGUAAUGAAUACCAUCCUUUCAGCCGAUAUGAGGGGAUGGCACGGGGCCAGCUAUUUCAAAUAGGUCAUAUCUUCUCAAUCUCCGUUAGCCCAGACUGUCAUUUGGUCCGUCUGUUCGAACAAAACACUGUGACUUGUUUACUGUCUUUUUUGUAAAUGGCUUGUUGUCACAACAGGUGUAGUACUGGACCCAAACUGUUGGUUUGGAGGACCUAUGAUUAGUUUUCAUGUGGUAAUGACUCUUGGGACGAGAUUUUUCUGGCUUGGAGAAAUUUCUGGAAUGUCGGGGACAACUUUUGCUGUCCUUUUCUAAUGGAAUAGGCCUCUGUACUGAUGACGAGGGGCUUUAGUGUACAUACGCACAUUUCUCUUGUACUUGACAGAACUUGGGCCUCCUCUGAUUCCGUAGAAAAGCACAUGUAAACAAAGCAUGGCAUCAUCAGUACAGAUGCCUUUUGAGAAGAGAGACAAAAUCUUGAAAGAGAGGGACGGGAAGAGGCCAGAUAGAGCACAUGGGUAGUAGCCACACAGCUCCCUCCUCCCCCCCCCCCAAUUCCUAGCAACAGUUGUGGUUGUAACCCGUGGCAGGUACCAUAUUUGAUGACAGGCACCGGCAUCUUUGAAAGUUUUUCAGCCACUGAGGAGAGAGUAGCCGUUAGGGAGAAUGUGUACAUACUGGUAAAUUACUGAAAUGAAUUCACAGCAUUUCACACGUUGGGGACCAAAGGGAAAAUUUGUAGACGAUGGAACCAAAGAGGUUAUUGCAAGUAGCGACACAAAAAAAAAAGCAUUACAGUUUUUGUUUGUGUAGUUUUUGGUGUUUUUACCCGGAGGGUUUUUUUUGUCAUUUGUUGGUAGCUUAAGGCAAAAAUCCCUUAUUUUAUUCUGCUGAAUGGACAAAGUAAAAGAGCUUGUUGUCAGCAUUACCCUAGAUUAGAUUCUACAGAGAUGUCACAAGCAUUGAUUUCUGUGCUGCCUUUCUGCCAUGUGUUCUCACAAAGAUACAGAGGUCUUUCUUAUGUUCCUGCUGCUUUUUGUACACGUACAUACAUGCACACACACGUCUUACUGCAGAUGCAUGUGUUUAUGAUCAUCAUAUGUUUAUACAGAAACAGACAAUGUUAGUUUCUUUUGGAGUACGUGAUUAGUACAUGUAAAUAAUGCACACGAAUGUCACCUCACAUACACUGUAGAUGAAUUCAUUUUCUACAUGAGUUCGUGUAGUAGCACAAACUAUUUAGACUUUCAGCUUUUGGAACAGUCUUCUCAUUUUGGAAACUGUUGAGAAAAGUUGGCAUGUGUUGUACCAAAAUAUAGCUAUAGAGAAAACGCAAGUGAUAUGUAAAUGAACCAAUACAGGCAGUGUACAUGCUCCUGUGCAUGUUGAAUGUUUCACCUUUGAUUACCACAAACCAUAGAGGAUGCAUAACAAGAUACAUGUUGAUGCCCAUUGGUGCUCUCGCUUGGUUUCUGAACUCCUCUAAGUUUGGCCUUGAAGAGUUCUGCUGGGGGAGAAAAUGUCCUUCAUGUUCCAAUAGCAAACUCCAUGUACCCGAGAGUUGGAACCGUGCCACUGCUCUAUGAAUGCCCUGUGGCUGGUCCCCUGCUGUACAUUGCUGUAUUGUGACACACCGCCACCACUGAUCAGUAAUCAGUGACCUUAAGCAACCUCAUAUUUGUCCAGUCUUUGUUGAUGAAAUUCCGCGGCUGUGCUUCGUGUUAUCAGAUUUCGACUGUCUUUUUUUUUCUUUAGUUAAAUUUAACCUGGAAUCCUGAGGUACACGUACAUGUUAGACUUGCUAAUCAAAAGAAGGUUGCAGUGCCCUUAGUUAAUGGGCAUUUUUGUAAAUACAUGUACAUGUUUGUUUACUAAAGUUUGUUUUUUUUUCACUUUUUGUUCUAAGGUGAGUUACUGACAAGUACAUGCACUGGCAAUACAUUAGGCACUCAGAACCACAGCAUUCACCACUUACGUUUUCUCUCAAGGACAGAAAGUGUUCAGUGUAAUUUGAACACUAAGCAAAGUAGCAAUCUUUACCGAUGUUUGUUUUUAUUUUCUUGUUGUUUUUUUAGUCUUCAUUAUUAUCAGGGCCGUAGCAAUACUGAAGCAUAAAGAGCACAUUUUAAACGUUAAAAGAAUAUUUUAUGUCUAGUCUUGGAUAAAAUACUGUCCAGUCGUAAUCUGUCCUUAGUGUUCUUUUUUAGUGUGCGGACCUUUGGCAAUAAUGGUACAUGUACCGUGUUUACAUGUUUGCCUUUGUGGUUUUUAAAUUGUCUGAUGCAUGUAGAAUUGAUGAAUGCUGUAGGGCACCUGCAGUAAUGUGUCCUUUUGUCAUUAUGUGCAAAAAAAGGCAAUUGUCUCCUGGAUUCUGUUUUUUGUGCACAGAAUUUAUUUACAUUUUAUGGUAAAUCAGAUUUGUUGCGGGCCAAGUGGGGAAUAUAAUUUUUUUCUAAAGCUGAUGUCUAAGUGUCAGUUUGGGGGACCAAAUGAAUUUUACUUCUGUUUUACUGGUGUACUUGUUUAUGAACAUGAAAAGUUGUGAUUGUGAAAAAAGUACCACAUUUUGACACAAAAAAUGAAUUGUUUUUCCCAAAAUGUCGGUUUGCGGUAUUGGUCAAAUUUGAAAUUCAUGCAUGGGUUGAAUGCUUUUAGUUUUUUAGAGUUCAUCACACAUGUCAAAGCUACUGCUGGACUUAAUCUCCAUAAGGAGCUGUCUGUGCAAAGCAUUGGCUCAACAUGUUCUUGUACACCGUGUAUCAGUUAUUUUGAUGUUGGCCAUAAUUAUGUUUAUGUCUAGUGUUCACCCUCUGUGUGUGUAAGUGCCAAUGCAAAGACACGUAUACAUUGUACAUAUUCUUUAUUUGUAUAACUCAGAACUGCAGAUAAAUUUUGCAAUGUCACUUGUUACUCUUUUAAGUUUUGACGUUCACACAUACUACAUAAUACUCGGUCAGUUUUUGUAGUGAGACUUCAAGGGCAAAUAUACUGGUAAGUGUUUGCACUGAUUUUGCUGACCAAUUCCAGAAAUAAAAUCAGUCAAAAUCUUAUUUAAUUGUCAGCUCUACUCAGAAAAAAAAGUUUGGAGAAAAGCAUGGUCUCCCUGGAAAAAAAUCAGUAUGAUUUAAGAUCCCAGGCCUGAAUAAAAACCAAUACUUGAAUAUAAUAAUUCAGACUCAGGCACGAGGCAUCAGACUUGAUUUGGCAGGGAAUCUUGGGGAAGCUUCAAUUCGUUUGAAACGAGUGUUAUUUAGAGGUAAUUUUCUUCUUGAUCUCCGGUACUAGUCCAACCUGGAACAAGAAUACUUUUCUCAGUAAUUCUUUAGCAACUAUAAAUGUGGAUAUCCCUGGGGCCUUAUUUUCUUUCCCGCUUUAGUUUUUCUUAUUUUCCUGUGAUUAGAUGGUGCAUUCUUUUUUACAGUAAAAACGAGAGAUAUUUUAGUUGGACACUGCUGUGAGGGGGUCCAUGAUUUUUGUACACCCGAGGGGGCAAAGGGCAGCCGAGGUGAAGCCGAGGGAGCCAUUUUCCCCCUCAGGUGUACAAAUCUCAUGGACCCUUUCACAACCAGGCAACAAUUGUAUGCUUUCUACAUGUGCAUGUGGUGCGUGCUGGUAACAUGUUUUUUCCUGUAACCUUGACAGCGAUAGUUGAGUCAUUGAACCAUUAACGAAUAACAACACUAAACUUUGUAUAUAUCGCAAAGGAAAUUUAUGCCUCAGAGAAAUUCCAGUCUGUGUUUAUGGUGCAUGUUAAUUUUGAGAGCAACUGCAAACUGAUCACAUGUAUAUGUUAGAACACCAGAUCUUGUGUAUUUGCAUGUACAUUUAAUUGUAAAAUAAUUAGUGUGAAAAUAAACAGAGUGCUGCAAAUCCUUCAUUUUAAAUUGACAAUGUUAAACAGAAAACUUCCAAGUUUAAAAAUUAAAAGACAAUCUUGCCGACAUGUUAAUGAAUAUUUUUGCAUCAGCAAGUGAAUCCUCAGCAUCACACCAAGCCAUGAUUGAGUAAGGUGUUUUAGACAACCCUCAUAACAUUUGCUGUAAAAUGGUUUGCGGAUCAAAUUGAAAAUGAGGUUCAACAGUUGAACAAUAUUGGAUUUGGAUAUAACCCUGUACAAAAUGCAGCAUCUGUACGUACAUGUGCGGCAGACUUUCAUUGGUGAGAGACUAGCCAGUAUAACGUCGCUACCAUUCGGCUGCAAAAUGUUUCUAAUUUGCAGCACAUGAACAAGUGUGACUUGUUCUGUCAAUAAAUCUCUAACAUGACUCUCUGCUGCAUUUAUUGGAGUCACCAACUUGUGCAGUCAGGCUCACUGAAUAAAUAGUGUUUCCUCACUGGCACACAGGAAACACAGGUAGAUAGUCAAAUUGCAUUGGACAAGAUUAUUGCCUUUUGAAACAAAUGACGCAAAUGAUGAAAGUUCCAAUCAUAAUUCCGACCUGCAUUCUAGUAACAAAAUACUGAUUUGCAACAACUUAACAACCACUACAACCAUCUUAUUUUGAUAGGAGUUGCUUUUAAAAAACAAAACAUUUUGAAAAACUUUUCCUUGGUACUUCAUGUAAUAAAAACCAAUGCAGGUUAAAACAGAAUUCUAAUAUUUUCAGCAUUAUAGGUUCAUCUUGUUAUAUUUUUCCGUAAAAUUGGCCUUAAAACACGUAUUGCAUGUAUCUUUUAUAAACAUGAAAAAAAGAGGAUUUUUGUUCCAUGUGAUUGUUCAAUCAUGUUUAGCCUAGGAAUUGUACAAGGUUGGUUAAUUGCAAAGCCUCAAGUGCAUGUUUGUUGAUUCUGUGAAGUCGAACAGUCCAGGAUGUUCAAGUGUUCAUUUCUGUCCUUUUUUUAGUUUAAAGGUUAACCGUCUGUAGUUUCUAUACCUCCUGCCGUUUCACAAGCCAUUGUCAUGAAUGUCUAUUUGUUACAGAGGAUAUUGUAGAGCAACAGGACUAUUAAGUACAUAGAGAUAUUAAAUUUUUAAGCCGA